UGGCCUCAUCCCCACCUUCCUUGCUGCUGUGGUCAGAGUUGACAUGAAGUUACUAGUAUCCUUCCAGUUUUGUCUUGCGCUAGGCAUACUUGCCUGGGUUCUGCCAGUAGCCAUCAGUGCCAAUGGCGCUCAAAUCGUUCUUGGCACGGAACCUAUUGAACAAACGGCGAAACAUGGCUCGGCCAAAAAGUUUCUCAAACGUGUCAACAAACGACUAGACGUCCUCUCUGCAGAGACUUCGGAAGCAGCCUGGGCCUACGAAACCAAUAUUACCGACCACAAUUCGGAUCUUGCCACAGAAGCUCAGCUGAAAAUGAACAAGGCGUUGAUGAAGAUCAUCGCAGAUUCUUCAGGCUACAAAGGCAAAUCAAAGUCGGAAAAGCGGCAACUUCAUCUCAUCAAGCUCUUGGGAGGAAUGCCUGAUAGCAAAGAUGAUCAAAAGGAAUUGGCAGAUUUGCAGGCAGAGAUGACCAAGAUCUAUAGUACAGCAAAAUACCUAGGCGCUCCACUUGAUCCGAACCUCACUGAUACGUUGGCCACCUCUCGUGACUAUGAUGUUCUAUUGAGCACUUAUAUUGGCUGGAGAAACGUCACCGGCCCGUUCAUCAAACCCUUGUACGAGAAGUUUGUGACUCUGUCCAACCAAGGCGCCCACGACAAUGGAUAUGAUGAUGCAGGCGCUCUAUGGCGCGCAGGAUAUGAUAUGAGCUCAGAAGAUUUCACCGAAUUGAUCGAAAAGGUGUGGAAUCAGGUCCUCCCGCUUUACGAACAGCUUCACUGCUAUGUCCGUGCAAAGUUGGCUGAAAAAUAUGGAAAAGAUCGUGUGGAGCUUGAAGACGGAUUCAUGCCAGCACAUUUGUUAGGAAACAUGUGGAGCCAGGACUGGAGCCACAUUUACGACCUCUUGAUUCCGUACACCGAUGUUCUGCCAAUAGACGUUACUCCUGAACUGGUCAAGCAGGGCUACGAUGCUUACUCCAUGCAUCGGCUCUCUGAAAGCUUUUAUAAAUCCCUCGGAUAUGACCCACUCCCACAAACAUUUUGGACGAAAAGCAUGUUAACACGUCCCGCUGACCGCGAGGUGGUGUGUCAUGCAAGUGCCUGGGAUUUUGGCAACGACGAUCUGCGAAUCAAAAUGUGCACGACGGUGACUCAGGAGGAUCUCCUUACAAUUCAUCAUGAACAAGGUCAUCUCUACUACGACCAUCAUUAUCGCAAACAACCCGCCCUUUAUCGCGAUGCGGCUGCCGACUUCUUUCACGAGGCCAUUGGCGAUACCAUGGAGCUCUCGGUUGUGGUACCUCAACAUCUGAAGGAAAUUGGGUUAAUCAAGGGCGACAUCAAAGACUCUCCUGAGCAGACAAUCAACGCUCAACUUGCAGUCGCUCUGACCAAGAUUGCCGUUCUCCCUUGGGUUUACUUGGUCGAUCAAUGGCGCUGGAAGGUCUUUAGCGGAGAAGUGAAACCAGAGGACUAUCAAACGGCUUGGAUCAAACUCGUCGAGAAAUAUCAAGGACUCAAACGCCCGUAUCCUUCCACUCCCGAUGACUUUGAUCCCGGUGCAAAGUUCCACAUUCCCGCCAACGUGCCAUACAUUAGAUACUUUGGAGCAGCUCUUAUCCAGUUUCAAUUUCACGCCGCCCUCUGCAAGACCGCUGGGCAUGAAGGCCCUCUGCACACAUGCUCCAUAUAUGGGAACAAAAAGGCUGGCAAGCAGUUUGCUAAAAUGCUCAGCCUGGGUCGGUCCAAAACUUGGCAGGAGGCACUCAGGACUGCUUCUCGCGGGGAAUUUGACACGCUUGACGGUGGGCCUAUCCUAGAGUACUUUACGCCUCUAAGGGAGUGGUUGGAAAAGCAGAAUGAAGGGAGAACAUGUGGAUGGAAAAAGGAUUGAAGAUUUUGUUCAUUCAUUUCAACUGUCAAACGUAGGCAGAAGAAUACAUUUGUCUGCAGUAUUGAAAUUGCCUGUACCCUAUCAUAUUAUAUCUGUUUUGCGAUAUACAAGAUUUUUUUAUGCUGAGAAAUGAAUGUUAAGAAUACUAUUUACAGGUGGG